AUGUCAACCUUCUGUAUAGAUGUUAAUAUCUCACCAAUAGCUUUCCUACCCAUAAUGACGAAGAAGGAGAAGAUGGAUCAGGGUGAAUGCGCGGCGCAUUGGACAGAUCUUGAACCCAAUGUAGAGGAUUAUAAAAUGAGUGCAGCAAAGUUUAUUGCUGCUGGUUCAGGCCACCUGAUCAUGAGGAUUUUGUGGUGUGGUGAUGUGACUAUUGAAAGUUUGAAAAAGAGGAAGGAAAAUAUGAAGAAGAGUUUGAAACCAAAUAGUACACCAAAAGAUAUCAGUCCCGAAACGUUAAGGAUAAUUAAAAGGGUGAAGAGUGUGACAAAUAUGACAGAGACAAUAGCUUGUUGGAUUCUUUGUUUUGUUCUCAAGAUUUCAAGAUUCUUCACAAGUUCAUUUGCUAAUUCAUUUUUGGGCAAGUUGUUCUUCAGUCUCCUUCUUGGAGAGAUUCUUCUAGCUACCCUUGAUGGAUUAAGCAAAAUCUGUGAUGCUCUUGAAGUAUCGGGGAAGAAUGUAAUGUCAACAUCAUCAUCUGUUACUACAGAACUUGUCACCCAUAAAUAUGGAGAAGAAGCUGGUAAGGCAACAAGUGAAGGACUUGAUGCAGCUGGGCAUGUGAUAGGCACUGCAUGGGCAAUUUUUAAAAUUAGAAAAGCUUUUAAUCCUAAGAGUGUCAUGAAUAUGAGACCUACCAGCUCCUUGGUUAGAGAUAAAAAACACAUUUCUUAA